GUAUCAUGUGUGUUGAACACUCGCUCUGUUGUUGGUUGCAGUGGGUUCUCUAACUCCUCCAUGGAGAACAUCUCCUCCAACUUCAGCAUGGAGUGUGGCACCUAUGAGCAGCUGGGCUACUGGCCCAAUAACUUUGAUGACUUUGGUGCGUCCAUCAUGUUGCUCUAUGAUGUCAUGAUAGUCAACAACUGGCAGGCCUUCAUGGAUGCAUACAGCAGAUACACCACUGAGUGGUCAAAGAUCUACUUUGUGUCUUGGUGGCUCACCUCCUCGGUCAUGUGGGUCAACCUGUUUGUCGCGCUCAUCUUAGAGAACUUCAUCUAUAAAUGGGACCGCAGUCACAGCUGCUCUGUUACAGAUGUGGAGAGGAUCAGAUAUGAAACAUCUGUUCAACUCAUGUUCAGAGAGCAGAUCCAGGAGCCCACUGAAGAGGAGUUAAUAUGCCAACUACACCAACACCCUCACCUACACCUGCACUGGUGACACACACACAGCACCAUCACCCGCGAGACUGCUACUAAAUGUGUCUAUUGUGUGGUCGAAGCACUGAAAGGUCAAAAUCACAGUAUACAACAAAUGUUUGUUCAUUUUUUAUUAUUUUUACAAGUAAUUACUGCUGCUGCAAAAAGCACAUGUUCUUCUUUUGUGUCAUGUUAUUUAUAAACCACUGCCAAUGAGAAGUCUCUGGGUGUUUCUCAAUGUCGAGGAAGGCUGCUCCAGAGCCACUAUUUCAAGGCGCUCCAUUUAAGGCGGGGCCUCUCAUAUGACGCACACCUGCACACCUGUUAGCCUGUUCCACCAUUCUUCGUUUUCGGAGGCUAGGAAGGAUUCUUGCCUCGCUUCUGAAGCAAGUGACAGUACAUGUGCUACCAUGCAAGCCUCCUCAACAUUGAUAAACACCCCCUCUGUACAACUGAAACUGCUUGCAGAGAAGACGUCCUGUCAUUAGUCUAGCCGAAAAUUAGUGGGUGGGGCUAAAUAUUCCCAGGUUGUGUGCGAAUUCCAUAGUAUUCAAUAAUAAAUACUAUAAAGUAUUUUCCCAGGGCUUAAUAAUACAGCAUUGAUAAUGACAAAAUAAUGAAGCCAGAACAUUUAUUGAGAGGCGUGCAUGUGUAUUCUGGGUAAUGAUGGAGGCUGCAUGUCUACUUCUAAAUACUUUGCAGAGGGGUAUUUUAUGUAACAUAUUUAGAUGUGUUUUAAACUGGAAUCCUGAAUUUUUUUUAUUCUAGAAAGGACGCAGUUCUAGCAAGAAAACAACAGGGAUUUCCUUUUUUUAUUUAAAGCGAUUUGUAUAGAGAAGUUGGAAUGCCAUUUUAUUAUAUUUGUAUUAAGUUGAGAUACAGUUUGUACAAUACAACUCUUUAUACAAGAUUGACAAAUAGAUUUUAAAUAAAUAUUUUGA